AUGCCAUGGUCGAGAGAGAAAGAGUUGGCAAAGAUUGAAUUUAACUCUUCGCAGCCAUGGCAUCCUUUUCUUAUUUGUAAGCUCACCUCGGUCGAGUGGUUCCACAUAAAGCCAGGAAGAACAGCUCACGAUGGCCAACAUGCCCAAGCAGAAGCGUUCAGCUGCGACAUCGUUUUUGAGAUCAAUUCUUGCAUUUCAUUCCUUUCACCAUCAGUGGUUUGCCGCACCAAACAUGGCGGUCGCUUUUUCAGUGCUCCCAAACCUCGUGGUAGGCCAGGACGCAGAUAUUUGGCGAAACUGUUCCGAGGUGAUCUGGAUAAAAAGACCUCAGAAAAAGCUUCACGAUUAGGACAUACCGCGUUUCCAAUCUAUGGUCGAGGUGUUGGCAUGUCCGAGCAGGAUUCGCUUCGAUUCCUGAGAAAAAUGGUUGUUGAAGGAUAUAUAGAAGAGCGUCUGUAUAAAACCCAGUACGCUACUGUAGCUUAUGCAGAACUCACUCUCAAAAGUCGUCAAGCGCUCGUGGGAGGUCCCAAGCCCAAAAUUUUCCUUCACGUUACCGCUGAUAAAAAACGAAAGUCGAUAGCGUCAGAUCUAUUGGCGAGGACUGCUGUCUCCGAAGCAAAAGCUCUUAAAGAAAAACACAUUGUGAAGUAUAGGGACGUGUUUACUCGUUGUCUACAGACGCUAACCGAAACUGUUACCCAAAUCGCUGAUGAAUCACGCUUAUCGAGUCCAUAUGCGAUUAUUUCACAGGAGGGUUUGGAACAGGUGGCAGCUCUGCUUCCGCGCACGAAUUCUGACCUGGUGCAGGUCGAUUCAAUGACGUCCAGCAAAGUGGAGAGAUAUGGAGCACGAAUAAUGGCAGCGUUGAAAUCAUUCUGGAAGGAAGUAGAUGAACGUGAUGAAGCCGAAAUGCGACAGCAACUCGAGAAGCUUAAAGACGUCCAGCCUCCUUCAGUUCAAUCUUCAUCAGAUACCAACAACUCUGCGGGCUCUUCGUCGUACGUCCCAAAUGGCAAGUUUGCUCCACGAUUUGGUCGCGCCAACAGUGGUCGAGGACGAGGAGCAGGUAACUUUGGUCGGCCGAAAGCGACCCCACGAGUGCAUAAAAAGUCUAGCCGCGGCAGCAGUCAGGGAUCGUUCAGCUUUAUACCACCAAUCGCCUGUUUUGGUCUCCAGAAUAUGUUAUUUCAUAUCUCGGGAAAUCUCUAUCGUGUCAUAUUGUAUCCUAUCAUCUCAUCUCCGUUCAUACUCGACGGGCACGCAUCGGUUACCCUUGUGAAGCCUGCGCAUCGAUUGCAGCCUGGUGCCGCUAUCAUUGCGCUCUGGAUGCGAUCGAUAGGCGCGUUUUGCGUAGACGCUCGCCUAGGCACAUGUUUGUAA